CUUCUCUUCAACGGAGACACCAUUGCUCCGUCCUUGCGGAAGAAUAUAACGACGUUCGCUGCCUCGCCCAUGAUGCCUAUGUUCACACAUACGCGGUUGGCAUAAGUCCAUUUCACAAAGACACUGGAGUUGCUCCGCCAAAUUCUCUUUCUCUAGUCCACCCGAGCCUGCUACAGCUCUGGUUCAUUCCAUCGCACCAUUGACUUUCGCACAACUCCCGUCUGCUAGAAUCAUCUUCGAGCAAGACAGAACGUCCUCCAUUUGGCUCGGUGACGAGUUGAGGAGCAUCACAGAGAUGGAGCCACAGAAAAAAUCAGGGCCAUAUCUUCCACAGACAUGGUCGCUGGGUGGAAGGCUGGAAAAGCAUGUUGAUAUACCCAUCACGGCAGUCUUCCUGGCCCUCUUCAUCGGUGGUGCUGCGUACCACAUGAGCAUCUUUCAGAUCAACCGGAGACGGAACCACCGCUUCUUCUUCUCGGCGCUCAUCUUCGGUUUCUGUAUGGCGCGGAUCGUCACUUGUAUCAUGCGCAUCGCCUCUGCCUCGCUGCCAACCGAUCUGUCCCUCGCGAUAGCUGCACAGAUUUUUACAGCCGCCGGCGUCGUCAUCCUCUUCAUCGUCAACCUAGUCUUUGCGCAGCGCUUGAUCCGGAGCUCGCACCCGCGUGUUGGCUGGCACCCGUUCGUCGGCGCGUUGUUCAAAUUCGUCUACGCCUUGAUCGUGCUGACCAUUAUCAUGGUCAUUAUUGUCGUCGUACAGUCCUUCUACACCUUAAGCACUCACACCCACAAGAUCGACAGAGACAUAUUACUUUACGGAGUCACCACUUUUGCAAUCAUCUCGUUCCUGCCGAUUCCUUUGACGCUGGCUGCAACUGUGAUUCCUCGGAGCAACGACCGACCACUUGACAAGUUUGGAAAAGGCCGAUGGCGCUACAAAGUCUCUAUUUUAUUCGUCGGAACCAUUCUUGUCUGCUUCGGUGCGUCUUACCGCGCUGGCACAACGUGGUUGACACCUGUUCCGCAGACUCGGCCACUGCCGAAAAUACUUGGCAAAGCCCCCUUCUACAUUGUCAAUUUCACCAUCGAGGUUCUUACCGUUUACCUAUACGCAAUCAGUCGUGUCGAUAAGAGAUUCCACAUCCCAGACGGGGCAAAGCAACACAAAAAUUAUCAAAAGGCCGCGGCCGCCGCUACCAGCAAGCAACGCGUUGCAUCCGACGAAGUGGAGCCUGCUUCUGAGCCAAGGACUAGCAUAUCGAAAACUGCCGGCUCGUCAGACGCAGGCUCUUUGCAAAACCAUGCCAGCGACCCUAAAUCACGCGACGUUGACAUCGAAAAAUACGCUGCCGGAGAGGCGAAUCCUUGAAUGGCCACUAUGUGACGACCUUGCGCGAAACGACCAUAUCACCACAUCGCUGAUGCGAAGAUGGACGAAAGUCGGAGAUGAAGGAUCUCGCGGCAUGUAUUACAAACUCUGUGCAGGACAAAAGUUAAAAGACGGGAACUGCAUUAUAUAGAGUGAAAGCUUGGGGGAAUGGUAGGCACACCCACGUUGUAACAACAGAAUCCUGACAAAAGCGGACGUGUUCAGCUUGAGACCGUGUAUGCACAGCAAAAGCACGACGUAAUUUACUUGAAUCGAUCCUUAAUACAGCAUUUUAGUCUGACAACUUACUCUAUCCGCCCGCUGUCGAAGGGUUGGCCAACGAUGUUCUUUCAUAGGGCCGGAUAGUAGAGUGCUCCUGGGAUGCAGUGAUUAUUUGCAGCGACGGCUGCAGACAGAUGGUGAUUAGACUCUCAUGCUUCAAGGAGCAGGGCUCUGGUUGCCGUUGGCAGGCGUUUCUGUGCAUGACUUUGUAUCACGGACAGAGCAAUCGAACAAUGUGGAGGGGCAAGACGUUGUGCUUUGCCUGGCAGACCCAAAGCGCGUUGAGGUGCCG